UCUUCUCUGCACAAAUAUCACAUUAGCACACGGACUCAACACAGUCAUACAGACUUGCUGCAAUAGCAUCACAACAGGCCUUGCUGACUCAUGGCGGCAAUAGUGGGCAAUAAUUCCGGACGUUUGGCCAUACAGUAACCGAGACUCCUUUAAGAGUAUCAUCUCACCCCAACUUGACAUCCUCGCUCCUCUUGGGAGGAAUGUAUUCCACAGUCUCUGUGCCGUGGCUUGAGCGGGUUGAUGUCCUCUUAGACGCUUGACCACACAUUUACGUGCUCGGAUGUGCUGAAAGUCGCCUUUGGAAAUGACAACACACCAAUUGUGCUCGCAGAGGAGGAGGCAGUUGACGGGCCAGUCAGCCAAUGACAGCGGCUUCAAAUUAGCCUUGUGCUGGGGCUAAUUUCCGUAGAGAAACAAGCUAUUCUAAUAACCACAUCAGAUCGCCGAUGUCACUGUUUAUACGUGGCCGUGUAGUGUUAUUUACACUACAAUUAAUUACAGUGUUUAAUCCGGAAACGAUGUGUUGAUCCCUACGCAUAACCGCCAAUGAUUUACAGUCAGGCUCAUUUAAAACAAAUUAAUCCGUUCACGAACGCUGCCUGUUUGCCCGUUUAUGGUUGACAUUUAAAGCCUAGCAUUCUCGUAAUAGCGAUGCUCAUCUCAACACAAUCCUUCCGGAGAAAUGAGCCUCUCGCAUCAGGACCAAAGGGCAGGAAAACAUUUGGAACCGUUCGACUCACCAGCUGCUGUGAGGACGCAUCCAUGAAGACGUUUUCACUUGGACUCUACCUGGAUUUCCCAAUGUGAUCUCCGCUGAGAAGCCGCCACUUGAUCCAACAUGUCUCGCCGCAAGCAAGGCAAACCCCAGCACUUGAGCAAACGGGACUUUUCGCCUGAGCCGCUAUCAGGUGUUGUACCAGAAGAAGAUUGUCAGGACUCCCCCAGACUGGGAGUUGCUCAGGGCGAACCCCGAAAAGGGGACCAGGACCUGCUGACCUGCGGCCAGUGCCAGUCCCGCUUCCCGUUGGCUGACAUCCUCCUGUUCAUCGAACACAAACGGAGGCAGUGCCACGGCGGCCUUUGCGUGGACAAACCUCUCGACAGGCCGCCGUCCUCGCCGCUCUCCUCGCCCCUCUCCACGUCGUCCUCGCACUCGAGGACCCACCACCACCCGCGUAGGGCGUGUCACCCUGUCGAGGUGGCCGUUCAGGUGUCGCCGCAGGACGAGGAUUGUUUAUCUGCACCCUUGCAAGGAAUAAUCCCCAAGCAGGAGAAUAUCACAGAUAAAGACGAGCCCAGCAGUUACACCUGCACCACAUGCAAGCAGCCUUUCACAAGCGCCUGGUUCCUUCUCCAACAUGCCCAGAACACCCACGGUUUCCGCAUCUACCUGGAGAGCGAGCCGGGCAGCCCCCUCACCCCUCGUGUAGGUGCUGCUCCCGGGAUGGGAGGUGACUGCGCUUCGUCCCAGCCUCCCCUUCAUGCCGUCCACCUGGCCGAUGGCAGUCCCUACAGCCUGCUGCGAAUGCCGGGUUCCGGAUCCGGACGGGAUUCCGUAUCCACUCCUCGUGAGGGUCGUUAUCCCCGGACCCCACCUCUUUUCAGUCCGCCUCCGCGCCAUCACCUCAGUCCGGACGACUUGGCCUUGGCAACCCACCAUCCAAGCGCUUUUGACAGGGUGAUGAGGCUCAACUCGGUACCACUUGAACCUCCUCCUAGCAUGGACUUCUCCAGAAGGCUCCGUGAACUGGCUGGGAAUGCCACAGGAGCUUCGCCCCCGCUCUCUCCCAAUCGGCCCAACCCUAUGCAAAGGCUUCUUCAACCAUUCCAACCAGGUUCUAAGCCUCCGUUUUCGGCAACGCCGCCUCUCUCGACUUCUCAGUCACCCUCUGGCUCGAGGUCUACCCCAAAUCCAGUAUCCAACGCAGCUCAACCCAGCACGCCACUGAAGGCAAAGUCUUGCGAGUUUUGCGGGAAGACCUUCAAGUUCCAGAGUAACCUUAUUGUUCACAGACGUAGCCACACGGGAGAGAAACCGUUCAAGUGUCACCUGUGCAACCAUGCGUGCACCCAGGCCAGCAAACUAAAACGACACAUGAAGACGCACUGUCAGAGUAAGUCGUUGGUGCUGGGAACCAAGUCAGAAGAUGGCCUCUCAACGGCCAGCUCUCCUGAGCCGGGUACCAGUGAGCUGAUGGGCAGCGCCACCGAUGCUCUGAAGUCAGUGGUGGCCAAGUUCAAGAGCGAGAACAACGGCCUGGUGACUGAAAAUGGAGAAGAGGAUGAAGAGGAGGAGGAGGAAGAAGAGGAGGAGGAAGAAGAAGAAGAGGAGGAGGAAGAGGAGGAAGAGGGAGAGGAGGAAGAAAUGGAGGGUAAACCUGUGGUCGGAGAGGCCGACGAGGGCAGGAACGACUAUCGCUUCAGCCUGAGAUUGGAAGGUGCCCGCCACCACCAGAACAGCGUCGCUCUGCACCCUCGGCAUCGGAGCACGCCGCAGGAGCCCUGCGACGACGACUCGGCAAUGGAGUCCGACCGAGCGGAUGAUGGAACCACCACAACUUUAAAUGGUCUCGGACCUUUAUCUACUGACGGCCUUUCCAGGAAGUUGUUGGGUGGAGCCUUGAGCCCGGGUUCCCUCAGUCCUCUGUCCAAACGCAUCAAGGUGGAGAAGGAUCUAGACCCCCCUACGCCCACCAUCCCUAACUCAGAGAAUGUCUACUCCCAGUGGCUGGCGGGGUACGCCGCCUCACGACAACUCAAGGACCCCUUCCUCAACUUCACGGGUGGAGACUCCAGACAAUCGCCCUUUGCGUCGUCAUCCGAGCACUCGUCCGAGAACGGCAGCUUGCGCUUCUCUACUCCGCCCGGCGAGCUGGACGGUGAACGCGCCGCAUCGGGACGCAGCGGCACGGGCAGCGGCGCCAGCACGCCUCACGGCGGCAGCGGGAACGGCAGGCCGAGCUCCAAGGACGGCCGCCGCAGCGACACCUGCGAGUUUUGUGGCAAGGUUUUCAAGAACUGCAGCAAUUUGACAGUUCAUCGACGCAGUCACACUGGAGAGCGACCCUACAAGUGCGAGCUGUGCAGCUACGCCUGCGCCCAGAGCUCAAAGCUCACGCGUCACAUGAAGACCCACGGACAAAUGGGCAAGGACGUUUACAAAUGUGAAAUUUGCCACAUGCCUUUCAGUGUCUACAGUACUCUGGAGAAACACAUGAAGAAGUGGCACAGUGACCGCCCUCUGGCUAACGACAUUAAGACGGAGUAAGCGGCGAGCAGGCGGCAUCACGCUGGACGUUUUCUCACUCAGCUGGCUAAAAUGCAACCCUGGCGACGGAACCGAUGGACGGGGAUAAGGAGCACAGGGUCAGGCAAGCGUACGCAGUACAGCCCUGUUAUCGUUCCCGACCACCGGGGCAAUACUCAUGUAUCAAACACAAAAAAAAAAAAAAUGUCGAGCCUUUCUAUUGUGCAAUAAUUUACACAUUUUGUAAUUUUUUGUAACUGGACAGCAUGCUUGGUGUGUUUUUGGCUGCGUAGAGAAAAACGAUCAGUGGCUGGUGGGGUUUAAAUUUUACUCGUGUUGCUGUUGAUUCUUUUGAUUUAGCCAAGAUAUUUCAACUCGCGCUGCAUUCACUGCAUUAUUGUUUUACAUAUCAUGUACAGUUUUUUUUUUUUUUUUUCCCGACGGUGUCAUCAUAUUAUUCAAACAUCAAGACAAGCAGGGUCACAUUUGAAACUGAAUGAUUUUCCAUGCAAGAUUGACUUAAAAUACCUAUAUGUACAUAAAUAUAUAUACAAGGAUUGGGCUGCCUAUGAAGUGCUAGGCACAAGCACCAUGACCUAUUUCUUUUACAAACAGCAAUGAAAUUAAUAAUGUGGUGUAAAAUGACAACAAAGAGUGCCUUGGAUAUUUUACCUGCAUUAGUUAGUCCUCCUUUUGCUAUAAGCUCGGAGUUUCAGAUUAGAUAGUAGAUGAUUACAGGACAUUUUUGUGCACAUAUGGAAUGAGCAGGUCCUUGCAUCAAGCACCUGUGCAAACCCCCCCCCCCCCCUGUGGUGUCGUGACUUAGCAGCGUGUUAAGGAACCAGCUGAAAUGAAAUUGAAAAGACAAAAAGAUCAUGUUUAUCUCUGGUAAAUCAUUUAUCUGCCUGCCUCGUGUAUAUUUUCAUUCUUCAGCUUAUGGUUUUGUUUACUGGCAUGUUACAUGCUCAAGGGUUAGUGUUUAUGUUUUCUGGUACAUGUGUAUCAUACUGAGAGGGUACUCUGAGGAGUUGUUUUAAACCAACGUGAAGCUCUUAAUUUUCCAGAGUGUUUAUGUUCUUUUAAAAUGAAAUUUAGCUUUUUUUUUUUUUUAAGUAGCACAGUUUUUUUUUUUUGGUGUCAUCAAGGCAGUCAGUGUAGCCAACAGUAACUUGAAGACCACGCAGUGGAUUUUUUUAGUCUUUUUAAACCAGACGGAUUUUGAUUUUGGUGAGGAUGGGGAUGCUGUGGUUUCAGGGUUAUGGGUGGGGAAUGGGAACGGGAAUGAGUUAGUGUCCUCGUUAUCCUCUUGAUCGCAUUAGAUUUAAAAUGUUUGACUUACAUUUUGUAAUAUUCGAAAGUUUAAUUCCCAAAUUGAAUAGUAAAAGCAAGCUAAGUACUCUCCGCCCUCGUGUUUGAAAAUGUUCUUUUCGAAUGAACAGCCACUAGAAGUCAUUUUAUCGGUAGUAGUUCCUCUCUCCAUCCCCUGUCAUUGUUAAUGAUAUAGCACUUGUCACUCUGCCUCGGAGUCUGUAUCUGUCUCUCUAAUCGGCGGUACAGUUGGUUGAGUAUAAAAUGAGGACCGGAUUCCAUAUCCGGGACUAUUUACAUGCACUGUUCCAUUUCCCCAGUUUACAGUUGGACGCUCAAGGGAAAAAAACUUGGCUUUUAUGCUGACAAAUAACUGUGGUGUCAUUAGUUUGAAUUAAAAAAUAAAAAAAAAAAUUAAAAAAAAGUGAGCUUCAACUAUCGCCAGCCAUAAGAGCAAAACAUCAGUUUGGCUCGUUGGGGUAUCCAUGCAGGAAACGCCAUAGAAAUAUCCUGCAUCAUACUAACUUUAGAGAUGAAUGAAAUGAUUUUUUUUUUUAAGAGGCUAACUAAAUUGUGUUGUUUUUUUUUUUUAAAGAACAUGUCAAUGUCUUUUUCGGGGAAACGUUUAUUUAAAUGUUAUUUUGAAUUUCUAUUGUUGUUUCUCUUCCCUGUCUUGUUGACAUUCAGGACUUGAUCACUAUGUAAAGAAUUGUAAUGUCUCGCAUCUUUUUUGCCUUUACUAUACACAAGUCUUCAGGUUGAACAAAAAUUUUGCAUCGGGGGAGAUAUAUGAUAUAUAAAUAUAUAGAGAGAACUUAAACACAUAGGAAAAUGCACACUCAUGUAAGUUCCUAAGUUCAAAACACAUUUAUGGUCGACUUUUUUCCUGUAUUUAGAAUGGUAUUUGAAAUUAAUGUUCACUUAGUGUAGGCACUUAUAGUAUUUAUGUUGGAGCCUGUAUUUUUAAUGGUUUUGCCUGUACUCUUUAAAGGUUUCAAUGUACCCUUUUUUUUCUGUAGUUAAAAAAAAAAAAAAAUCCCAACAAGCUGCCACCGUAUAUUUUCUUAAUUUGGCAGGAUAAUAUAGUGUGAAUAAUUUGUAUGCUUGAAAAAUAAGUAUGUUUUUCAAAACUAAAAUGUUGUGGCGUUCCUCAAGGGUGAGAGGUCAUAUGAUGGCCUUUUCAGGCAGUCCCGCUGAACUUCCCACAAUGAGGUAAAAACAGGUGGUUGUACAUAUCUUUUUUUUUUUUAUUUUUUUUUAUUUUUUUCCUGCCAUUUUAUAUGCAGUAAUACAAGCUAUUGUUGGGGUUUCUUGCUAGCCAACUUUUUACUGUCCUUAAACAUGUACCACCUGAUGACAUUCCAGCUGUUAAUGAAAAAAAAAGUAAACUUUUGUCAUAUGCAAUCAAUACAAUAUGAAUCUGAAAAGCAUCUUUUGCAGAAUUUUAUUUUCUUAUUUUGAAUUGAUUUCCUGUUGGUUUUUAUUUUUAUUUUUAUUUGCCAAACGAACCACGGUGCUUUAUGAUUUCCAUAAGGUACAUGUCAUAUCAUAUGCAAGUCGUUCUCUCAAAAUGACAAAACGGGAGAAAGAAAGGUUUGGUACAUGUUUUCUCUGCUGAUGGUACCGAGGUACGUCCACGUUUCAGCUUGAUCUCGUCCUGUGUUCUGUAUUUACUCGAACGUUAUCUGCUCUCAACUGAACUUGAAGUUGACCCGCGGCAUUGGUUGACAUUAUUUAUUAUGACUACACCCACAUACUGUACACUAUACGCUCCGUUCGAAGAGUCACAGCAAAACACAUCUGUUAAUUUUUUUUCCCCCCUCGUGAGGAAUUCUGAUGGUUCUUUUGUUUGAUGACCAAAGGUCACAGACCAACACUUAAAGAGUUCCAGCUACAAAUAUUGUUUUUCAGUUACCAAACUGUCAGUCUGUUUUCAGCUGUUGCCUGCAUUAGUCUCUUCACUCAGCCAUUUUGUCUUGGAAAAAAUAAAAUGUAUUGCAUACAUACUGUAUAUGAUUUUGGUGUUUUUUUUUUAAUAUAAGACCUAAUUUCCUUCCAUUUCCCAGGUGCUGGUGGACCCCAGAGAGAA